AUGUUGGGGGUCUUUGGAGGGGAACAGAAGAGCAGAAGAUUUCUUGCAACCUACAACAGCCUUACAGACAAGCACCUGGCUGGAUAUUUCAGCAAUACCAGGAUAAGACGACAUCUUCAGAGAUCAGGACUGAUCUCAAGGAGCGGAAGAAUAAUCUCUGAGAAAGAAUACCGCCUAAAUGCUAUGAGGAAGGAUCACCAAAGAUACGUACAGGAGUGCCUGGCCCGGGCCAUAUUUCAUAAGGUCCUUGACAUGGAGCGUCACCAUCAGCUGGAGAUAAAAAGGAAACUGGAAAAUUCUGUGAGGAAGGAGAGGGUACAGAAAAUCAAGGUGGAACAAUCCAGAAGACUAGUGGAAGGUGCUAGCUCUAUGCUCUCCCCACAUCCACCACUUGGUCCAAGAAAUCGUUAUGGGCUCCAUCCUUCAGUGGCUAGAGAAGCAGCUAGUCCCUCACAACUGAGGGCACCUGGACCUGUAAUUGAUUAUAACGGUGGACAUCCUUCUCAUCAACACCAGUCCAAGGAGCCUGCCUGUUCUAAGGUGAGUUCGUGGCGACCAAAUACAGCUCCAGGAAAUACGCAACACCCGCGCCGCCUCCCACCGCUUCACAGCUGUGCUGCUGUAGGGUCUGUACCAAAGACUUCAAGCUCUAAACAAAAGUGCAACGUGCUUGAAAAUGAUCAGCAGUUUGCCAGUCGGGGGGAGAGGAGUGGGUUAAGACUUAUGAAUUCAGUGGAAUAUGUGACUGGUAUAUCCCCAUAUCAACUCCCUGUCAUUAACAACUAUGAGAUACCAGUGCCACCCCCCUCUCUGCAAAAGGGAGACAGGAGCAUAAACACAGUUCGAAACAGGACGUCCAGAGGCAGACGGUUCCGUCCCACCACCGCACCAAAUGGCUUAGAGCAGCUUUUAACAACGAAUUCUGGAGGAUUCCCUAAGCCCUCGUUACACAGCAACGCAUUUGUUACCAUGGUCUUUCUAGGAAAAAGUGUGCGUUUAUCACACAGUGAUGCUGAUUACAGAGAUGAAAUCAAAGUCUAUCAGCAGCAUUGUGGAGGAGAAAACCUUUGUGUGUACAAAGGCAAGCUGUUGGAAGGAGAGACCUUUCAGUUCGUCUCAAAGAGGCACCAUGGUUUCCCAUUCAGCCUCACCUUUUUUCUCAAUGGGAUGCAAGUGGACAGGCUGAGCUGUUGCUGCGAGUACAAACAUCAGAAGCGUUCCAGGCUGGGAGGCAGACGUGGAUACUUUGGGUUUCUCAGUGUGGAGGGAGCAUCUCCUUGCUACAGGUGCAUUAUUGCAAUGGGUCUGGACAAAAAGCCAUCCCCUCCCAAGAGAAAGAUGGAAGACCAUGAGGAAAAGCAUGUGGGCUCCUGGAGAGAUGGAGUGCAGCGUGAGCCAAACAAAAGCAGUGUUGAGCAGAAAUCAAGCAAAGAGUCAGUGUUAGUCAUCUUACCAAGUCAUGAAGUGAGUGUGGAAGCUAUUGAGGACAAAAUGGAGACUGGACGGGACUACAGAAAAGAAGAAAGGAAAAAACUAUCUGAUCGUGAGAGUGAAGAUAGUCAGGAAGACACCAGUAAAAAUGAGUAUGAUGAAGAUUUUGAAGCAGAUGAAGAAGUUAAUGAAGAGGGACAGACUGGUGAUCAAAUGAAUGGAAUGUCAGAGUCAUCCUCAGAUGAUAAAAAACAUAAUUUAGACUAUGAAAAGGAGAGUAAAAGCUCAUCACAGAAGGCACUGCAGGCCUCUGACAGCGAGGAAGGUGACAGUGAUGGAUAUUCUGACAGUGACUCAGACGAUGAUAAACAAGACAGGAGGCCUGCACAGUCUCUCUCAUCCAUCAGUACUCAGUAUAGCAGUGAAGAUGACUCUCACACUGAAACGAGGAAAGACGAUGUCAAGGGUAAAGAGGAGUAUAAUAUCAAAAGGGCAUCUGAUACUGCAGCACAGGCACAAUGUGGAAAUGAGAACGGGGAGAAUGAACUGCUCCGAAUGGAGGAAAAUCAGGAAACUUUUGCACUGGAAAAGGAAGGAAUAGAUGAAGCAGAAAAGGCAAAACCAGAAGAUCUAGCAGCAAGGGAAGAUACUGAAAUUCAUCAUGAAAAUAUAAUGGCAAUACAGCAUCAAAGUCCUGAAGUUAAUGGGGAACUCAAACAGGCUGGGUCAGUAGAAAGUAACGUAGGGGAAGAUGGGGAGAAAAAUGCAAGUACCAGGAGGGAUGAUGGGGAGGAAAGUCUUCUGGUGCCUUUGGAAAGCAAUACGACAGAAAUGGAGGAUAGCAAUGAAGAGUCUCCUCAGAGUGAUGAAGGAGGUGCACCAGAUGGAGCUUUCAUGGCAGAAGGAACAAGAACACUUGAUGUGCAGAAGGCAGGAGAACAAGUGGUACGAGAAGGGCAGAUGGCAGGGGAGAGACGAGUGCUUGAGAAGGAGGAUUUUGUCGCUGAGGGAGGAGAUGCUCGCCCUGAAGAGGCUGGAGAAGAGAUGGCACAGGCGGGAGGUGUGCUGCCCAAGGAAGACACAGUGGCUGUGCUGCAGGAGGAGGGUCAGCUUGUGGUGGAGGAGUCUGCACCUGAGAGUGCCAUGGCAGACGAAGAUCCCAAAGGAAGGGGCACAGGGAAGGGCAUGGGGUCUGGCACAGAAUUGGCACCUGGGGAGCAGGGAGGUGUGAUGGAGGGUAUGGAGAGUGAGGCAGCACCUGGGGGAGAGGAGCCAGCAGGGACACUGCUUGGCGAGGAGGUAGACGGACCAGGGUCCCAGAGGGAGGAGGGGGCUGGGGGCAUCUCUGAGGGAGAAGAGGCUGUGGAGGAGGCAAAGGAGGCUGUGGGAGCGGCAGGGCCUCAGGUGGUGGGUGAGACGGUGUCUGAGGCCGAGGAGGCCGUGGAGGAGGGAGGUUUUGCAGGAGCUGUGUCUGAGAGAGAGGAGGCUGUGGAGGAUGCCAUCGCGGCAGAAGAAGGGAUUGCCAGGGUAGUUGGCCCUGAAGGAGAAGUGUCCAUAGAGGAAGCCAUUUCUGAAGGGGAGGAGGCUGUGGAGAAGCCUGGGGCUCUCCUGGAAACAUCUAGGGAAAUGAACCUUUGCACAGGACAAGCAAUGCCUGGAGGAGACUUUGUAAAGCCAAAUGAGUUUUCCCAGCUGAAAGCAUCAGGGGAAGAGCAGAUGGAGAUGGGGAAAGCUGCCAUAGCAGCAACAGCAUCUGAAACCAAGGCAUCAGAGGUAGAAGGGAGCUCACUCCUGAGAGCAGAGGGCACAGUGGAGGAGUCUGUGCAGCCCAGCAAGGGUCCUGUGCUGCAGGUAGCCUCUGGAUUAGAGACACUGGCGGGUGCUGGAGGGGAUCCCAGAAGUGAAGGGUCAUCUCAGCUGGAGGAGACCAUGACAGUGCAGGAGGAGGAGGGCUCAGCAGAAGCACUUUUGAGUGGAAACACAUCUCUAGGCAGCAGAGCAAAGACAGAGAGUGCAGUGGAAGAAAAACCUGAUGGAGGGGUGAUGGGGGUAUCUGUGGAGACAGCCAGAGCAGAGUCAGGGGGUGAAGAGGAGGUCACGGGUGGAGCA